AUGACCGUUCCCGUGGCACGAAAGCGAGUGAAGCAUGCAAAGACGCGAACUGGCUGUCGCACCUGCAGAAUACGACGAAUCAAGUGCGAUGAGGCACGCCCUGCUUGCCGGAGGUGCUCCUCAACUGGCCGUCAUUGCUUGGGGUACGAGAUGAGCUUGGCAUUGCUCCAGGGUCAGAGCUACCAGGACAGAACGCUGCUGCCACAAGACGAGAGCCUUGAAGCACAGGCAUUUGACUUCUUCCGCAAGCAGACACUAUACUUCCUGCCAGGAUGUGCGACUACAACCACUUGGGAGACGGUCGCCAUUCAGCUCAGCCAUUCAGAGCCAGCUUUGACAUGUGCUAUUGUCGCCGUCGGAUCUAUGCAUCAGGCCCGCACGGGUAGGCCUGCGGGACUUGUCAUGCCAGUUUAUGAGCCUGUCCAGUUUGAGUUCGCUAUGGACCAGUACUCUCGUUCCGUGGGCCACAUCCAAAAGUACAUCAACGAGAGCCGGAACGAGAUCAAGCGAAACUCUGUUGAAGUCGUUCUACUAGCGUGUCUGAUGUUCAUCUGCUUUGAACUGCUCCAUGGUAAUAACUUCCUGGGCAUUCUUCACUUGCGGACAGGCCUCCGCAUACUGUAUGAGCAUUUGCAUGGGCAAGUCCCAGAGGACUCAGAGUCUAGAAGGAUCAAACUCAAAGCAGAACCACGCUCGACCAUGGAUCUGCUCACCGAGAUUUAUGUGCGCCUCGAUGGCGACGCCACCAUGUUUGGGCAAAGCGAACCGUUUCUUCGCGCUUCUGUCGGUGAGGCGCCAAACGAUGGCUUCGGUUUGUCACCCUUACCCAAGGUCUUCCACAGCCUAGAAGAGGCCCAACUUCACUUGGAUGCCUUGACAAGUGCAAGAUACUUCGCCAGAGGGAAGCUCCUCAGGCUAGCUGAGGUCGAGCUAAAUCGCAAAGUCGACACCUCGCGUCUGGAUGAGGAUCAAAUCAAUUGUCUUCUGCAGGCACAUUGUCGCUUUCUGGACCUCAGUCAAGAGCCAGAACUACUGGAUCAGAUGCAUGCGCAUGAGCGUUCCGCAGCUGCUUGGUCCUCGGCUCUUGCAUCCAUGCCAACCGAUCCACAGCACGAAAGCCACCAAGUUCGCCUACUCUUGGAGAUUCAGUACUUUGUGGUUUGGUUCUUUGCCUCUACAUGGCACGAUCGGACCGAGACAAUUGGGGAUCGUUUCAGAGUUCAGUAUGUUCACAUCCUUGGGCUGAUCGAGCAAUAUCUGGAGCAUGUCUUUAAAGGCAAUGAGAACUAUCUGGAUCAGCCGCGUCAACCAGGCGGGCCCUUGCGCACCUUCUCCCUCAGCCAUAGCGUGCUCCUGCCGCUGUUCUUGAUUGCCUCUCAGUGUCGAGACUCCGCAGUCCGGCGAAGAGCGCUUAUGAUACCGAGCAGACUCCACAUUCAGGAGAGCAUGAUGGACUCAGACCUUCUGGCUGCAUGCCUGGCACGAAUUAUUGACAUGGAAGAAGAUCACGCAAGGCGCAUCAACGGUUUCUCUCGCCAUCGACAGUUGACGGCCGAAGACGUCCCAGAAGCAGCUCGUUUCAUGGAUGCCACCCUUGCAGGGAACGAUGAUGGCGUCGGUGGGAGACUCGUCUGCUGCCGCUGGGCACAUCCCGACGAUGAAGAACUUACUCUCGAGGAGUUUGGCUUCAACAUUGACGAUGUCACCGCCUCGCUGUGA